AUGCAGGAGGUGGGCCUGAGCCCGGUUGGCAGCCAGACCACGCUGUCGCGUGGGGGCAAUGACACACGUCACCGCCAACCCACCGACUUGCCGAUGUGUGUGUUAGCUGCAGUGGCCACCACCGAAAAGAAGGAACUUAACACUGCCAGGCGGGCUCUAGCGAGGUGUGUGGCUACUGUGGAGCAGCAUCAAAUCCACAGAAAGUUCGGGGACAGUGACAAGUCAUUGCCGGCUCAGGGUCUUGCGGAUGCGCGUAUCGGCUGUCGUCCCACCCAUGAUACCCCUCACUAUAUGCAGGAAGUGCGUUUGACAGUUCAGCGCAUGAGGAUGGAGUUGAACGGAUCAACUCCGGGUUUCUAA